CUGCACUCACCGAAGAGAUGCUCGCCGCCGCUUCCUCCCUGCCGCUGGCGCUCGUCCAGAGCGGCGCCGCCCUGCGCGCUCCGCAGCUGCAGCCGCUCUCCGCCCAACUUAAGGUCAACGGGAUGGUGGGCGACUGCAAGCCGCUGGGCUACUUUGACCCGCUCGGCUUCUCCAAGGACGCGUCGCCCGAGACGAUGGCCAAGUUCCGCGAGGCGGAGCUGAAGCACGGCCGAGUCGCCAUGCUCGCGUGCGCCGGCAUGAUCACCGCCGACAAGUUCCACCCCCUCUUCGGCGGCAAGCUCUCGAGCAACCCGCUCCUCGCAAUCACGCAGGCGCGCCACAAACACACACACACACACACACCGCCCGCCGCUGUCCGGCAGCUCAACAACGGCCGGCUCGCCAUGUUUGGCGCCAUCGGCAUGCUCACGCACGCGUACAUCACCGGCAAGGGACCGCUCGAGCUGCUCGACGCAGGCAACGGCGGCAUCGUCUUUUGA